AAAAACCCCAAUUAACAAAAGGCACUAAACAAGCCUCUUUCCUUUCUCUGUGUGCCCUCCCUCUCUUCUAACAUAAACAAACAGAGAUUCUCCAUCAACGAUCAAUCUAUAACGCCCCUCUCUGUGUAAGAGUCGGUGUACGAUGGAGCACAAUAGCGGAAACAACGUUAAUACUACAGCAAGCAAUGUAGCACGAGCCAUUGUUGUAGCUUCUGACUGGAACAGCACCCCGGACGAUCGCAAAGCCGCCGUUGCUUAUCUUGAUUCCAUCAAAGCAGGAGAUAUUGGGGUUUUAGCUGGAACGUCAUUCCUUUUGGUCAAAAAGGACUGGUCUUCUGAAAUUCGUCUGUAUGCGUUUAAAAUGCUCCAGCAUUUGGUCCGGCUGCGGUGGGAGGAAUUAAGUCCGACAGAUCGUAGGAACUUUUCAAAUGUCACAGUUGAGUUGAUGUCUGAGUUUGCAAAUCCUUGCGAAGAAUGGGCCUUGAAAAGUCAGACAGCCGCCCUUGUUGCUGAGAUGGUCAGACGAGAAGGUCUAAGUCUGUGGCAAGAACUGCUUCCGUCUAUAGUUUCCCUCUCUAGCAGCGGUCCUGCACAAGCUGAGUUGGUUUCGAUGAUGCUGAGGUGGCUUCCCGAAGAUAUCACUGUUCACAAUGAAGAUCUGGAAGGUGAUCGACGUCGGUGGUUGCUGCGUGGGCUAACUGAAUCCUUGCCUGAAGUUUUGCCAUUAUUAUACACUUUGCUAGAAAAGCACUUUGGUGCUGCAUUAAGCGAAAUAAGUAGACAACAAUUGGACAUUGCAAAACAGCAUGCGGCUGCAGUAACAGCUACGCUGAAUGCUAUUAAUGCAUAUGCUGAGUGGGCUCCUUUUUCUGAUCUUGCUAAAUAUGGCAUAAUUCGUGGUUGUGGUUUCUUACUUUCUUCUCCUGACUUCCGGCUUCAUGCUUGCGAGUUUUUCAAACUUGUCUCCCCAAGGAAGAGACCCUUUGAUGCUUCCGCUACUGAAUUUGAUUCUGCAAUGACUCAAAUCUUUGAAGUCUUGAUGCAUGUUUCUGAAGAGUUUUUGCAAAGAUCCAGCUCUAAUCCCGGGGCUAUAGAUGAAAGUGAGUUUGAAUUUGCAGAAUAUAUAUGUGAGGGAAUGGUGUUGUUGGGUUCUUCAAACUUACAAUGUAUUGCUGGCAAUCGCGUCUUGCUCUCUCUUUAUCUACAAGAGAUGCUUGGGUUCUUCAAACACUUUAAGCUUGCUCUUCAUUUUCAAUCCCUACUAUUUUGGGUGGCAUUUAUGCGAGAUCUUAUGUCAAAGCCAAAGAGUGUCUCACUUUCAGCUGGAGAUGGCUCAGCUACAAAUAGUGUGGGCUCGGGUUUGGGACCUGUGGACAAUGAAAAGAAUAAGAUAUUGAAUUUUCUCCAUGAUGAUCUUUAUAGUGCAAUGCUGGAUAUUUCGUUCCAGCGCAUGCUUAAGCGAGAAAAAAUUCAUCCUGAAACUGUCAUGUCUCUUGGCCCAUUGGAACUGUGGAGUGAUGAUUUUGAAGGCAAGGGAGAUUUUGGCCAGUAUCGUUCCAAGUUGCUGGAGCUGGUGAGAUUUGUUGCUUCCUACAAACCUCUUAUAGCUGCUACUAAAAUUUCUGAAAGAACCACUGCAAUUAUCGAGAGCCUCUUGAGUUCUCCAAUGCCUACUAAGGGCUUGUCUGUGAUGGAAAGCGUGCAGUUGGCUCUAGAAACUGUUGUGAGCACAGUUUUCGAAGGAUCAAAUGAGUUUGCGGGGGGUAGUCUUGAAGUUCACGUUGCAUUGUGUAGAGUAUUUGAAGGGUUACUUAAGCAACUUCUUGCUUUAAAGUGGGCUGAGCCAGCCCUUGUGCAAGUGCUUGGGCAUUAUUUAGAUGCAUUGGGCCCAUUUCUGAAGUAUUUUCCGGAUGCAGUCGGCAGUGUCAUCAAUAAACUAUUUGAGCUUCUGACUUCUUUACCAUUUGUUGUUCAGGAUCCUUCAACAAACAGUGCAAGGCAUGCAAGGUUGCAGAUCUGUACCUCAUUUAUUCGAAUAGCUAAAGCUGCGGAUAAAAGCAUUCUCCCUCACAUGAAGGGCAUAGCUGAUACCAUGGCACUUUUGCAAAGACAAGGUUGUUUGCUACGUGGAGAGCAUAAUAUUCUAGGGGAAGCAUUUCUUGUUAUGGCUACUACUGCUGGAAUACAACAGCAGCAAGAAGUUUUGGCCUGGUUGCUUGAACCUUUGAGCCAACAGUGGACACAGCUGGAAUGGCAAAAUAAUUAUUUAUCUGAACCACUAGGUCUGGUUCGUUUGUGCUCUGACACAUCAUUUAUGUGGUCAAUUUUCCAUACGGUGACAUUCUUCGAGAAAGCCCUAAAGAGGAGUGGUAUCCGAAAAGGCAAUCUGAAUUUGCAAAGCAGCUCCAUUGCAAGUUCGACUUCUUUGCAUCCAAUGGCUUCUCAUCUAUCAUGGAUGCUGCCACCACUUCUAAGACUACUUCGUGCUAUACAUUCCCUCUGGUCUCCAGCUAUAUCUCAAACUUUGCCCAAGGAGAUGAAAGCGGCUAUGAUUAUGAGUGAAGUUGAACGAUUUAGUCUCCUUGGCGAAGGGAACCCUAAAACAUCGAAGGGAACUUUCACUUUCACAGAUGGAUCUCAUACGGACAUAAAUAAGGAAGGAUCUGUGGACAGUGAAUCUGAUAUACGUAAUUGGUUAAAAGGUAUCAGAGAUAGUGGGUAUAAUGUUUUGGGCCUAUCAGCAACCAUAGGAGAUUCAUUUUUCAAGGGCUUGGAUGCUCAUUCUGUUUGUGUGACCCUAAUGGAGAAUAUACAAUCAAUGGAGUUCAGGCACAUAAGACAGAUUGUUCAUUCUAUAUUGAUUCCUCUGGUGAAAUCUUGUCCCUCUGAUAUGCGGGAUAUCUGGCUAGAAAAGCUCCUGCACCCAUUGUUGUUCCACACUCAGCAAGCUCUUAGUUGCUCAUGGUCCAGCCUUCUGCAUGAUGGGAGAGCAAAGGUUCCAGAUAAUCAUGGCACACUUGCUGGGUCAGACUUGAAAGUGGAAGUAAUGGAGGAAAAAUUACUUCGAGAUCUGACUCGUGAGAUAUGUGCACUUCUCUCGGCAAUAGCUUCACCUGUAUUGAAUGGUGGACUUCCUCCAUUAGAACAGUCUGGGCACAUCAAUCGUGUGGAUAUGUCCUCUCUUAAAGACUUGGAUACAUUUGCGGCAAACUCUAUGGUUGGUUUCCUUUUGAAUAACAAAGACUUGGCUGUUCCUGCAUUGCGGAUCAGUUUAGAAGCUUUCACAUGGACAGACUGCGAAUCAGUGACAAAAAUUUCCUCAUUUUGUGCUGCUGUUGUUCAGCUAGCCGCAUUAACUAAUAGCGUGAAGCUCCGGGAGUUUGUUUCUAAAGAUCUUUUUUCUGCUAUCGUCCAAGGUUUAUCCCUCGAGUCAAAUGCUACUGUCAGUGCUGAUUUGGUUGGUCUGUGUCGAGAAAUAUUCAUUUAUCUCUGCAAUAGAGAUCCAGCCCCACGACAGGUUCUACUUUCUCUCCCAUCUAUUACACCUCAAGAUUUGCUUGCUUUUGAGGAAGCUUUGACAAAAACAUCGAGUUCCAAGGAACAAAAGCAGCAUAUGAAAAGCUUGCUCAUGCUAGCUACUGGAAACAAGUUGAAGGCACUUGCUGCUCAGAAAAGUGUAAACGUUAUUAUAAAUGUUUCAUCUCGGCCUCGCAGUUCAGCUGGGGUUCCGGAAGCCCAAACUGAUGAAGCAGAUUCUUUGGGAUUGGCAGCCAUAUUGUGAGAGACACUCGUGAUGAUAGUACAGUUGUUGUACAGGGACAAGAUUAAGAAACAAAAAGAAGACAUUUUGGUCUGACUAACAUUACAACAUACCGACAUAGAAGACAAGAAGACGCUUCAAUUUGGUCUGUUCAACCAAAGGCCGAUGUAGAAAAAAAGCACUUCAAUUUGCCCUGUUCAACCAAAUGCAGAUGUAACCAGUUGCCCCCUGAGGUUACCCACAAAGAAAUUUGAACUGGAAAUCUUUGGGAAUUUUGUGACAGUCCAUAACACUACCCCAAAAGUAUAAGAAGACUCUUUGGUGGAUUAAAAAACCACAGUUGCUCCUCUGUAUUUUUGUUAUUUUUAUUGAUAGAUUUUGUUGAUAACAUGGCAUAUUUAUUUGUAUUUAUAUCUUUUGAGCUCCCCCUAUCUCAUAAAAAUGGAAUAAAAAUCCAACUUAGUGUGAUAA